AUCCUUAUUCAUUUUCUGCUUCUGGUUCAAAUUCUGCUUCACGUGCUUUUAAGAAUUCUCCAAAAUCCGUAGGCAUUAAACUGAGAACACCUUAUGGUAGCAAAGUACCGAAAAUUCUCUUCGACAUAUCGAAUCUUCCUGAACAAGAAGGCGCAUCGUCGGAGCUUCUUACUCCACAGAAGAAGCUUUUGAAUUCUAUUGAUUCAAUUGAGAAAGCUGUUACACAAGAGCUGAUGAAAAUGAAAAGAACACCGAGUGCGAAGAAAGCCGAAAGAGACGCCAUGACAUGAAUGAAAAUCUGGUAUCAACACCUCUUCUUCCCUCCCAUUCUCUCGAUCAACAUUUUCAUUUUCAUUACACACUUACACUACACAUCCUCUUCUUCAAAAGUUACAGCAUUUUUUACAUUUCCAACAACCUUCAUUUUCCUUCUGUUUAUUCAUCGCUAACUAAAUACCCCAGCCAACAACUUCAUACUUAAUCACAUUCUCAAUUUCUCAGCACCAAAAAACCAACACCAAUUGCCACACACACACAAAAACACAGGACAAUCCUUAAAAAAUGUCUCCUCAAACACCAACAACACCAAACAAAUUCUAUUUCUACUAUGGUCACCGCAAACCCUCCCAAAACCGUCCAACCGUACGCGGUGGCCUUUUCUCCAAUCGUCAAACUCUCACUCCUCCCAAAUCUAAAACCACGUCCCGCCCUUUCGAAAUCCAAAAGUGGGACCCACACUUCCUCUCCCAACAAAACCCCUCACCACCGCCAUCACCAUCCUCGGAAGCAUCAUUCUCUCCCUCCCUCCGCCUCUCCCCGAUAGCUCGAUUCAUCGUUGACGCUUUCCGCAAAAACAGUUACAAGUGGGGCCCAUCGGUUAUAACUGAACUCAAUAAACUCCGUAGGGUUCCUCCCAACCUUGUUGCUGAGGUGCUUAAAGUCCAAACUAACCCUACUCUCGCUUUCAAGUUUUUUCACUGGGUAGAAAACCAGAAAGGUUAUCAUCAUAAUUUCGCUUCAUUUAAUGCAUUUGCUUAUUGUCUUAACCGUGCAAAUCAUUUCCACGCCGCGGAUCAGCUCCCUGAGCUGAUGGACGCUCAGGGAAAGCCUCCGUCGGAGAAGCAAUUCGAAAUUUUAAUUCGAAUGCAUUCUGACGCAGGAAGAGGUCUUAGGGCUUAUCAUGUUUAUGAUAAGAUGAGGAAUAAGUUUGGUGUGAAACCUAGGGUUUUUUUGUAUAAUAGGAUUAUGGAUGCUUUGGUUAAGACUAGGCAUUUGGAUUUGGCGUUGUCGGUUUAUAAUGAUUUUAGGGAGGAUGGAUUGGUUGAAGAGAGUGUUACUUUUAUGGUUUUGGUAAAGGGAUUGUGUAAAGCUGGGAGGAUUGGUGAGAUGUUGGAGGUUUUGGGGAGGAUGAGGGAGAAAUUGUAUAAGCCGGAUGUUUUCGCAUAUACCGCGUUGGUUCGGAUUAUGGUUGCAGAGGGGAAUUUGGAUGGUUGUUUGAGGGUUUGGGAAGAAAUGAAGAGAGACGGAGUUGUGCCGGAUGUCAUGGCAUAUGAUACUAUCAUUGGUGGUUUGGCUAAAGAGGGAAGAGUUAAGGAGGGUUAUGAGUUGUUUAAGGAGAUGAAGAGUAAGGGUCAUUUGAUAGAUAGAGCGAUAUAUGGAUCAUUGAUUGAGUCGUUUGUGGUGGGGAAUAAGGUUGGUUUGGCUUUUGAUUUGUUGAAGGAUUUGGUGAACUCAGGAUACCGAGCCGAUUUGGGGAUUUAUAAUAACCUUAUUAAAGGUUUGUGCAACUUGAAUAAGGUUGAGAAGGCUUAUAAGCUUUUCCAAGUCACUAUUCAGGAGGGUCUUGAACCGGACUUCUUAUCUGUAAAACCGUUAUUGUUGGCCUAUGCCGAAGCGAAACGUAUGGAAGAAUUUUUUAAGUUGCUAAAAAAGAUGGAGAAAUUGGGAUUUCCAGUCAUUGAAGAUCUGUCCAAAUUUUUCUCCCAUUUGGUUGAGAAGAAAGGACCAGUAAUGUCACUAGAGGUAUUUACACACUUGAAAGAAAAAGGUUAUGUUAGUGUUGAAAUAUACAAUGUUCUUAUGGAUUCUCUUCGAUUGAGUGGUGAAGUGAAGAAAGCAUUAUCACUCUUCGAUGAAAUAAAGGGCUCAGACAUGAAGCCUGAUUCGUCAACAUAUAACAUAGCAAUUCUAUGCCUUGUUGCUCGCGGUGAAAUUCAGGAGGCUUGUGUAUGUCAUAAUAAGAUCAUUGAGAUGUCUUGCAUUCCUUCUGUGGCUGUUUAUCAUCGCCUUGCUAAAGGUCUUUGCGAAAUAGGAGAGAUUGACGAAGCCAUGAUGCUUGUUAGAGAUUGCUUAGGCAAUGCUACUAGUGGACCUAUGGAGUUUAAGUAUUGUCUUACCCUUAUUCACAUAUGCAAAUUUAAUGAUGCAGAAAAGGUGAUUGAUGUAUUGAAUGAGAUGAUGCAACAAGGUUUCCCUUUAUGCAAUGUUGUAUGUUCUGCAAUCAUCUCUGGCAUGUGCAAGCAUGGAACAAUUGAAGAGGCCAGAAAGGUUUUCUCAAAUUUGAGAGACCGCAAAUUGUUGACAGAAUCUGAUACUAUUGUGUACGACGAAUUACUAAUUGAUCACAUGAAGAAAAAGACAGCGGACUUGGUAAUAUCAGGAUUGAAGUUCUUUGGUCUAGAGUCUAAACUAAAGUUAAAGGGUUGUAAGCUGUUGCCAAGUUGAAAACUGUUAUGGUGGAGACUAAUUAUUUCCUUCUUUUUGGUCAUUUAUAACGAUUCUGCCACCUCUUUUCCUAUUAAGGGUGUGUUUGAAAGAUUUUAUUUGGGCUAUCUUAUGACAUAAGUGCUUAUGAAAUUACUUGAAAGAGCCUAUACAAAUAGCUUACGAGUUAUAAGUAUGAGUUUAAACUCACAAGCUCUUUGAUUAUUGAAUCGGCUUAAUCAUAAAUGCAUACUUGAUAAACAUUUAUUGAAUAAAUGUUUAAUUGAUUUGUUUGUCCAAAUGCACAAUCAACAAUUUCAGAAGAUCUUGUACUAUUUUACUACUGUUUUCCAGCAUUUAUUCUUUUACUCUUUUGACUCUGUCCAAACUCCAUUAGGAAUUUUCUUUGGAGACUAGUCAGGACAUUCUCCAGCCAGCGGCAACUUGAGGAAAAAAGGUCUGAUGAUUGAUGUUACCUGCCCUGUAUGUAAUUCCAAUCCUGAGUCGGAUGACCACUUGUUUAUGCAGACUAUAGCUGACAAACAGGUUGAUAGAGUUUUCAAUUUCGACAAGGUUUUUGGACCUAAAGCACAACAGAGAUCGAUAUACGACCAAGCCAUUUCCCCAAUUGUCAAUGAAGUUCUUGAUGGUUUCAAUUGCACUGUCUUUGCUUAUGGACAAACUGGGACUGGUAAAACUUAUACAAUGGAGGGUGGAAUGAGAAAUAAGAGUGGUGAUUUAACUGCUGAGGCUGGUGUCAUCCCAAGAGCAGUUCGUCAAAUUUUUGAUAUUUUGGAACCACAAAAUGCUGACUAUAGCAUGAAAGUCACAUUCCUUGAGCUUUAUAAUAAAGAAAUAACUGAUCUAUUGUCCCCAGAAGACAAUUCUACCAGGCCUACAGAAGAAAAAAUAAAGAAACCUGUAGCCCUUAUGGAAGAUGGAAAAGGUAGUGUGGUGGUGAGAGGCCUUGAAGAAGAAUGAGUAUACAGUGUAAAUGAAAUUUAUACUCUGUUGGAACGAGGGGCAUCUAAGAGGCGCACUUCAGAGACAUUGCUUAACAAGAGAAGCAGCCGUUCGCAUUCAGUGUUUACCAUUACUGUCUAUGUGAAAGAAACUGUUAUUGGUGAUGAUGAGUUGAUUAAGUGUGGCAAACUUAAUCUUGUUGAUUUGGCUGGACCAGAAAAUAUACUGUGUUCUGGAGCACGUGAGGGCCGUGCUAGAGAAGCGGGAGAGGUAAACAAGAGCUUACUCACUCUGGGACGUGUGAUAAAUGCCCUUGUGGAACAUUCUGCGCAUGUACCUUACAGAGAUAGUAAGCUUACAAGGAUUUUGCGAGACUCCUUAGGAGGGAAAACUAAAACAUGCAUAAUUGCUACUAUUAGUCCAUCUGCUUAUUGCUUGGAAGAAACACUAAGUACCCUAGACUAUGCUAGUAGAGCAAAAAACAUAAAGAAUAAGCCUGAGGCAAACCAAAAAGUUUCAAAGGCCGUUUUGUUGAAGGACUUGUACAUGGAGAUUGAGAGAAUGAAAGAAGAUGUUCGAGCAGCAAGGGAAAAGAAUGGUGUAUAUAUUUCUCAUGAAAGAUUUGCCAAGGAAGAAGCUGAAAAGAAGGAAAGGAAUGAGAAGAUAGAGCAAUUAGAGAAUGACUUUAACCUUAGUCAGAAACAAGUGGACAGAUUUCGUGAGCUAUAUUUAACAGAGCAAGAACAGAAACUGGAUUUGGAAAACGAGCUGAAGGAUUGCAAGGUGAAUUUGGAAAAAACCAGCAACGACUUGCAUGAUCUUCAAGAGAAUUACAGGCUAAUUGUUUCAAAGCUGAAGGAGAAGGAGUGCACCAUUUCCAAGCUAAUGAAAUCAGAAAAUGCCUUGAUUGAGCGUGCAAAGGAAAUGUGUAGUGAUCUUCAGAAUGCAUCAGAUGAUAUUAAUUUACUGUCCUCAAAGUUGGAUCACAAAGAACAGUUGGAAGCAGAAAACCAAAAAUUGAUCUUGAAUUUUGCAUCUCUCUUAAAUGGGAGCUUAAAAGAUUUGCAUACGACCAUUAUAGGAUCUAUUUCCGAACACGAUGUUGCUUCAAUAAUCAUUGAGUACUGCAAUAGUAACAAGCUAUUUGACCCUGAGAAAAAGCGAAAGGUCAUAUGUGAUGAAAAGUUAAGGACUUUACUACAGAGGAAGUCAGUGAACAAAAACAACAUCCAAAACCUUCCGACAUCGCAUUUUGUUGAGAAUCUUGAGGAAACAGAUGAUAUCAUCUGUGGUUCAGAAGAAAGGGAUUAUAAUGAGCCGAUAAAAUUUUCGAGGUCGAGAAAUUUGAACCCAACUACAAAAUCUUUUCAGAACCUAGUUUCUUAAGAGCUUCCAAGCGGUUUUGCAGCUAUAAUUAGUUCAAACCUAAAGCUUGUCGACUUGAAGAGGAGCUUAAUUGAGGAGCUUUUAAAGAAGCCAGAAGCUUUUGAUGGCAAAGUCUUGGGAAGUUUUGUGAGAACCAAAUCUGACCCCAAUGACUAUUUGCAGAAGAACUCCCAUCUGCUCUUACCAGUAAUAGGAAUAAACAGAUCUUCAAAGAAAGAAGAAAUCAACCAAGAAAUUAUGCUCCGGCUUCUUAAUGUGCCAAAAGAUGUACCUAUCUGCAAAAUUUCAGACGAUGAUUUUUCUGAGGAAGAAUGUCAAGAUUGUAUCAGAGAAUGAGAAAUGGUCUGCUCAAACAGCCAACUAUACUGGAGCUUGAGCAGAAAGCCAAAACUUUGCAUGAAGAUAUAAUAAAGCAUUGGAUCUCAAGGGAAUUAGCAUUGUUACGAAAUCACAUUGAUCUGGCCAAUGAAAAAGGAUGGAGAAGAGAAUAUCCUUUCAUGAUGUUUUUGUUGAUGCUACCUCAGUACAUGGACCGCAAACUGAAGCUUGAGUCUCCAUCAGAACAAUCACGUUUAUUAAGUGAAAUUCCAAAAGUAAUUCCUGAAAUGGUUUAUACCAAUAUGUCACCAAAAGAUUCCUCAAGCAAAGGUAAGCUUGAUCAAAAUGAUUUGCCAGAAUUAGCCACUGGAGAUACUUGUAACUCCAAACAUGGUGGUUUUGAUCAAUGUAUGGAUAAGAGAACAGAUGUUAUAGGUCUGUCAGGCUUUCUUAUCUAUACUCCCUCUGUUUUCCUAUAUAUCUAUUGGGUGCUUAUAAGUUAUAACUACUUCAGUUUUUAAAACAUUCUGUAUAUAAGGUCCUUGAUAGUGCAUCUGUUAUUAUCUUCACAUUCUGUUCAUGCUAUUAUUUGUCAUUUCAUUGAGAUCCUCUCUACAGUGACGGCUCAGGAGCCCAAUACAAUUGUUAGUGUUAAUAGCUCAAUAGUGCAGCAGUUGAGUCAUAACUCCAAGAUAUGGAAGGUAUAUAUCAGGAAAGGGAAGAGAGAGACACAUGAAAGAGACUUACGGGUAGAGACGGUUAUGCUUAGUAGAAAUUGAGUGGAGCUCAAGAAGAAUGGAAUAGGGGAGGUGGUUUUGAAGAGGGCAGGAAGCAUUUUGGUUCAUGGGAAUCGGCUUUAGGUCUAGGCCAGAAUUUGGCAUUUGUGCAUUGCUUCUUUUAAUGUUUUGCUUGUUUUCAUUUUCUAACGAUGUACUUUGACAUCACAAAUGUGAGUUCAAUACAAUAUAUCUCUGAAGUGUUAUGUCCAAGAGGGUCAGUUUCACUUGAAUUUAUAAUUUAAUGCUGAUAUUUUAUUUUUCGGUUCA